AUUACAUAUGUCGUUUUACCUACGAGAAAAAAGAAUCAUGCGCAAUCGUAUUCGAAUCUAAAUUCAUAUCACAGAUGGUACAAGCAAAUGAUUAAUAUCUCGAGAAGUCUCGAUUAUAUAUUUUUUCGGCGAUAAUAUCACGAAAGAAAUAUUAAUGCAAUUGUGCAUUGUGCAUAUAUAUAUGAUACAGUAAGAAGAGAGGGAGUCAUCUAAAGCUGCAAUAUGGAGGUUGUUGAGCUUUGUUCAAAAAGGAGAGCCUUAUCUGCCAAAACAACGUGCCCAUGCAAGGCUAAAUAUGCCAAAAGGUACGUGCAGCCUCCGCGUGCAAAGUCCUUCGCACCGGAGCGAUUAUACAAGGUGCCAUCGAAACAACUCGAGACCAAUACAACUUAUUAUUUAUCGUAUUUGAAAGUGGAUCCGCGUUGCACUCGAUCGCAACCGAUUCGGCCCGUUCACAGUCUUCAGAGCAGUACUGGAAAAUUUGCCGAUGAGACGACAAACCACUUAUCUUACAGGCCCGUAUGGCAGAUUGUUAAAGCAGAGCCUAUUAUACCGAAACGUAGAACGACAGCUGCGGGUGUAAUGGAAACCGAAACAACGAUUCGACGUGAUUAUCCACCAAAGCAUGUCGAGAAGCCAGAAAUGAUUAUACCUUGCGGAAGUAUCCGCACAAGUUCAGCACCCUUAGAUGACAGAACGAUGACGAGACUAUCAUAUAUUUCUCCUGGACCUAUUGAACCUGCAAUCAGUUUUAAACCGAUAAUAAAAUAUUGUCCACCGAAGCAGCCGCUAUUUAGAGAGACGACACAGAAGCUGAGCUAUCAACCCUUUGUCGUUGAUAAGAAGGAACUCCCUUCCUGGGCACAAAAACGGGCAUAUAAACCGCCAAAUAUUGCAAUGUGUGGCAAAACUACAUAUUCCGAGAGCUAUAUAGAGAAUUACGCAGUUUCAAUGGAAAAACCUUUUCUUCCUAUGGCGGCAUACAUAUUUCCUUACGGUGCCGAAUUCGCGAAUAAAACUAUUUACAAGGAAAGCUAUCUGCCGGCUGAUGCGGAGCGCAUGGAGCCGUUUAUUCCUUACGGCAGUAUCUCUAUCCCCGACGUAAAAAUGGCCACCGAUACAACCAACAAGUUGAGUUAUCAACGUGUCUGGACUGAAAGGCGGAAGCCGUUCGUGCCACCACGCCCUAAGGGUAUAACAACCGGUAAAAUGCAGUCGGAUACGACGACUCGUUGCGAAUAUGUAGCAAAAACGACAUUACGUCCAGACCUUAUCAUCCCAUGCGACAAUAUCCGCACUGCCGACGUACCGCUUGAGAGAGAUACGACUACCGGGUUGUCUUACGUAAAACUUGACGGAAUAAAACCUGUUUGCAGUUAUAAGCCUACAGCUAUGCAAUAUCGCAGGCCGGAAAUUAAGAUAGAUUCUGAAACGAUAAAUAAAUUAUCGUAUCAGACAUGGACGUUGAAACCUAAAGAAGAAAUCCCGUGGGCCCAGAAGGGUAAGUAUCGGCCACCGAAACAUCCGAUGAUAAGCGACACGAUCUAUCAUAUGAGCUAUCCUGAACCGGGUCACUAUGUCGAGGAUAAUACGUCCGAGUGUUUGUGUCCAAUUGAUGAGCAAGCUGAUAUUUCUAUAUCUACUCCGGCAAGAGCAGCAUCUUAAAUGUUUUUGAAUUAGACACAAUAUACACUUGCUGAUAUAUUACGCAUCACUUUAAUUCAUUAAUGAUCUAUUUUCAGGACAAAGAUUCUUUAUAGAUAAAAUAUUUAUUCUUUAUUAGAUAAAAUAAAAUUAUUUUAGGAUAAAAUCAAAAUAACAAAAUUUUUUUAUAAAUCUUCUAAAAAAAGAAUAUCCUCAUGUAUGUUCUUUGAAUAUCUAAUUUUCCGGAAAAGAACGUAGAAAUGGUUGCUUCAAUUAGAAUUGUUACACUAAUUGUUGAUCUAAAAUUCUUUAUACCAUAUGUCAAAAAGAUUCUAAUAUCAAAAAUGAAAAAGCAAAAUUAAGCGGGUUUAUACAUUUUGCUCUUCGAGAAUUGUAUGAUAAUUCUAUUCUAAGUACAAUAAAUAGCCGGCAUAUUGA